AUGAAGAUAUACGCUGCUGCCUUGUUAUCGUCCCUGGCAUCCGCUGUCGUUGCCUUUGAAAGCACUGUACCAUGUCUUAUGUGGUCUCCCAAGGACUACUUUACACCUACCAUGGAUGCCAUUGAACAGUUCAUUGUUGGCAAAGAUGAUGCCGUCACUACCAUCUGGUCGUCGCUCUCACCCGACAUUUGUGAUGCCAAGUUGAUUGCUGUCGUUGACCAACCCGGCAUCCAUGUCAACGAUUUCUCGCGUUCAGAAGCCUUUGCUGCCAUCAAGCAAUAUCGCAAGGAUGCUGCCACGCGUACCGAGUUCGAAUACAUUGCUGAUAGUGUCAACGUCAAUCAACUUGCACAAUUGAUUUCUGAGGAAUGUGAAGGUAACAUGGUACAAGUGGCUCCUCGACAAGGUCUCGAUAUUGAUCAAGAUGCUCGAUCACCUACUGUCGCUGUCAUGUCAUUGCCUUCCACCUCUGGUUCUGUUGCCGCCAUGCAGGAAAAUGAUGCUUCGGUGGAUGAGUUUAUCAAGUCUGUUCAGGAAUAUGCCCAAGACGAUUAUGCCGUCAUUUAUACCUCGAGUUCUGCAAAACAAUCAUCCUCACAUAUGAAGAAGCGCAGCAUGUUUGAACGUCGUGCUCCUGCAUCCGAUAACAGCGCACCCAUCUUUGCUAAAUAUCAGUUGUUCUCACCUGGUAUCUUUAUGGCCAUUGGUGUCUCCAUUGUCGUCGUCUUUAUCGUAGCUGUUGGCGUCUCCUGGCUCGUUAAUAUCCAGACUCCCAUCCGUUUCGAAGGGAAGCCCAAAAAGAACUAA